CGGCUCUUCGUAUCUGUUUGUAUUAACCGGGCAGUUCCAUUUUUUUUCAUCAUCGUUAUCAGUGCGAUAAAAAAGAAAAUUUUGCUAUCUUGUCGUAAUUUGCAAUCGAAUAACACUGUUCGGAGCUAGUAACAAUCGUAAACCUUGUCCAGGAUUACAGGGUUGAUAGUGAAUUUCUACGUUUUCUCUGUGCGAAUAACAAGUGAAAAUUAUGUAAGGAAUGUUUGGAUAAGCAAUUUUCACCAAGCAGAGCGUGAAAAACAAACAGUUACUAAGCUUUUUAAGAGCUCAUCUGCGCCAAGGCCAGUCGGGCUGAAGAGGUGCGAAACAACAAAGAAAAUGCGUUUUACAACUGCAGCGAUUGCACUGAUCGCAUUCAUCGUGAUAUUCUCGAUAUUCGUGGCAAAUGUGGCCAACUUGGUUGGGAUCGAUAGCAAACUGAACAAGCGGCUGAAUGCGGCUUACAGUAAAGGAGAGGAGCGGUGGAACAUCGAAAAGCAAUUAAAGCUCGACGACAGUCCACGACAUGUGAUGUGGUUCUUGCAGAUUUCCGACAUACACAUUAGUUUGUACUUGGAUCCAACUCGUGUGUCCCAUUUGAUCGAUUUUUGCAACCGUACGGUGGACAUCAUUCGACCCUCCGUUGUGCUAGCUUCAGGGGAUCUAACGGAUGCGAAAACAGCCAACUUCCUAGGGUCCAAACAGCACGAGCAGGAAUGGCGUUGGUAUCGGGAUGUGUUGCGAGAUACAAACGUGCUGAAUAAAACUAGCUGGCUUGAUAUCCGAGGUAAUCACGAUAAUUUCAACGUUCCCGCUUUGCAAACCAAACAGGAUCUAUUCACGAACUAUUCUGCUCAAGGAAAGAAACACGCUCGAUCCUAUAUGCAUCAGGUGACGAAGGAUGGCGAACGGUAUAGCUUUAUUGCGGUAGAUGCCUGUUUGGACCCGGGCCCGAAGAGACCAUUCAAUUUCGUUGGAAUGCUGUCCAUGAACGAAACGCAACAUAUUAUGAAUUUGGCCGAGAAAUCCCGUGCGAUGGAAACGAACUAUACGGUUUGGUUCGGUCACUAUCCAACGUCGUGUAUUUUGACGCCCGGGUUGGGAACGAGCGGAAUCCGCAAUCUGAUUGGCAAGUAUCAGGAAGGAUAUGCGUACCUAUGUGGACACUUUCAUAAGCUGGGCGGAGCAGUUCCUCAAAUGUAUACGAUGCAGAACGAGGGUUUCCUAGAACUGGAACUGGGUGACUGGAUGAAAAAUCGAAUGUACCGAUUGGCUGCGUUCGACCAUGGCCAGUUUUCAUUCACAGACCUGCAGCACAACCAGUGGCCUGUAGUGUUGAUAACAAAUCCAAAGAAUGUCCUUUUCAACAUACCGGGAAAGGAGGAUCCUCGCAUCCAGUUUGAGUCAAGUCACAUUCGAAUGUUGGUAUUUUCGCCGGCAAAAAUUACCGAGUGCCAGGUUAAGGUGGAUCAAGGCGAAUGGAUCGAUUGUACUAAGGUUAGCCGAGAGCUGUUCGUUGUGCCAUGGACGCCGGAAAGGUAUGCUCGAGGAUUGCAUAAGAUAUCGGUAUUCAUACGUGAUGAGGAUGGCCGAUAUCGGGUGGUGGAGCAGGAAUUCACCUUGGAUGGAUCGAGGCGGAAAUUCAGUACCCUGGCACGGUUUGUGCUCAUGUACGACACGAACAAAAUAUUCCAAGCUUUCUUUAGUCUCGCGUUGAUCAUCUGCCUGCUGCCGCUGUGUGUUUUCCGGAUAUGGCAUAUGCUCGUUAGAAAUGGUACCGUCGCUCGACCCCGCAUUCGAAGGUACUGCUUUCGAGGUUUGAUCCGAAAGAUGUGGAUUCUUUCGACGGUCGAUCGUUUGGUAUUUCCAUUAAUCGCCUACUGUCUCUUUGUGACCUGUGGACCAUGGUCGUUCGGCGAAGUUAUCGAUGGGCACGUCGGAAUAGUUUUCGUGUGGGGCAUUUUCGUCAACGGUACUUUUCUUCCGGGAACGCUAACAUACUUCUACGGAUUCUUCCAGCUGUUGUUCUGCCAAUUUCCGCUGAUCGUCAUCUAUGCAAGCAAUGCUCACAAAAGAUUGUACAGCGGCCCGGCGAGUGCGGAAAAGAAGCUUAGCUUUCUGGCUGCCACCUGGCACAAUCUUCCCUUCCUGUUGAUUAUGCUGGUCGAACUGCUGCUGGCUCUCAUCUUCUGGAAUGCCUACGGUACGUUGGCAUUUAUCAUCACGCCUCUUCGCACCUGGUCCAUCGUGCUGAAUCUGAUCCUGUGGUACCAGUCGAAAAAUCUACCCGAAAAGUGUCUUCGUUCGGCGGCGGCCCUCUGGUCUACAUCGCCCGAAUCUAAAACUACCCAGCUUUCCCAAUAAGCCUUUCGGCUUUGCCUGUGUGUUUGUGUGUGUGUGUGUGUGUGUUUGUACAUUAGAAUGGAACAAAUUUUCAGGAAUUGAGUGUCAUAGGUACCUAUCUGCGGCAGUAGCUUUCGUAGAGCCAAACUGAAACAGUAGAAUUUGAUGCCUGUCUGUAGCUGACUUAUUGCUUUAACUACUUAUUUACUUUAAGCUAUUAUUAUUCGUAUGGUUUCGAAGUAAAAAGACCACUGACUGAACUGCGUAGAAAUAUUUUAUUUUGCUAGGAAAAAAAUUCACUUUCAUUGCAGGUAUUCGUAUAUUGUUUAAUAGCACUAAAGAUUAUUUAAUCAUUUAAGUAAGAAUAUUUAAUUCAUUUGUUUAUUACUCAAGAAACAUUUCAAGUUUUACUGAGGAUUUAAAGCAUUCUACAAGUCUAAAUUAUUGCUUACAGAACCCUCAUAAAAUCCAAAUUGUUACUUGGGUAAUGUUUAUUUAUAAAUAAUACAUUUGUAUUUACACACAUUUCUACAAUAUGACUAGCGUUUUGUACUACUUGUAUUAGAGCGAUUGUUUAUGAAACACCACCGACAAUUAGGAGCGGACUUUAGCUCCAACCAUCAGAUGAUAUUCUUUUAAGAUUAUAGUAUUGACUGUUAUAAGCAAACAUAUAU